AUGAGCACCGUCGAGGGCCCGCAUGACCCCUUCGUUGCCCCAAGUGGCGCUCUGAGAGUCAACGUCCAUGGUGCCACGGCGGAGCUCACGCAGUGCUCCCCGUCCCAGCUACCCGACCUGCUCGGUGUCACGGAGCAGCUUGACACCGCGGAGCUCAACGGCCGUGUGGUGGCGGCGUUGCGGGAGUUGCUCUGCUGCCCCAUCUGUCACCGUCUGCUGCUGCACGACCCUGCCGUCGUCGACACGUGUGGGCACGUCUUCUGCUACAGCUGCAUUAACCUGGGCAUUGAGAAUGGCUGUUUGCCGGUGGCCUCCGCAGAGCGGGUGGAGGCAGCGGAGGAGGAGGUGCAGGUCUGCGGCAGCGACGACCACCAUCCGACCGGCCUGCGGGGGGCGACGGCGGCGGACCCGCGUCUGCGUUGCCCCUCCCGCCCUGGACGGCGACGACCGCGGCGGCGCAGGCGGAAGUUCACGUGUCCCGUCUGCCUGGGCCCCGCGCACAAGUGGAAUCUGGUGCGUGUGCGGUUUUUCAGCGACCUCGUGACGGAGGCGCUGAGCCACGCCACGCUUGCGGCAGCCCUGCCACCCGCCGAGGCGGAGCGUGACGCCUCCGCCCAGAUGGGCGGUGCGGCGGCAAGUGGAGAGGAGGCGAAGACGCCGGCGCAGCACAAGCGUGCGGCUGCACAGAAGAAGAGGAAGAAGAAAAAAAAGGAUGGCGUAACGAGUAAUAACGAGACAGUUGAGUGA